AUGGCGGACCCGCGCGACGAUCAGUCAUCUAAUGAUCCUCCCGCCUACGAGUCAUCUAAUGGUCCUCCCUCCUACGAGCAAGCUCUCGGUAUGCGCGGUAUGCGUUUUGCGAACGACGAGGCAGAGCUCGAGUAUCUGCUUUCAUUUUGUAGCAACUCAGGAUCACGUUCACGUCGUAUGGCUGGAGGCGGUCCCAGGCCCGUCCCUCGCGAAGAGGGUCUCGAAAACAUCCACUUCAUGAACGGCCGUCUCGUCUAUCAUCUGGCGCUUAUCAAAGCUACAAACGCCAGUCUUCGUGACAUGGGACGCACUCCUGAGACUGCUCGACAGGGAACGGAGCGGAGGCUGGAGGCCUUGAAGCAAGAGUUCGUGAUCUUUGAACUCAAUGAAAAGAACGAGGCCUUGGCCCGUCAGCUUCGGACUGUGAAGUUGGAGAAGGAGGCUGUCUUCAAUACCGCCGUUCGGGUCAACCUGAAGUUGAGGCGCACUGAAGCGGCCGCUGAAGAGACAAAGUCGCAGUUGGAUGCGGCUAGGCUGGCCAUCGCUCGGAUCAAGACCAAGAAGCGUGCCUUGCCCGGGGGUGAACAGAACGGAGGACCUCGGACGCUGUCCAACUCCAACAAGCGCCGCCGUAAGAACAAGAAGUUCGUCGCGUGCGUCGAGUGCUUCCACAGCAAGACCAUCAAACAGUGCGACGGUAGCUCGCCUUGCUGGCCAUGCACUUAUCGCGGAUUGGAGUGCAAGCGCAUGAGAUGCAAGUACUUCAAACUCGCUGCUGACAAGUGCCCCCUCGUCGAGUGCACCUUGGCGCAUAGCGAAAGCGGAUUUCCGGACGAGGUCUUGGAGGACAAUAAGCAUGUCCCCCAGAUGACUACACCCGCCCCCGUCAUCCCCGAGAAGCCCAAGCCGACCACGAAGUAA